AUGGUCCAAGACGAGAACCUCACAGCACAACACACAGCCGAGGUCGCCCGCCUGGGUGGUUCUCGACAACAUAUGCCUCAUGCACCCAUAGGAGACGCCGAUGCGACAGCCGACCUCAGUGACGGUGUCGGCGCCGGCGUGCCCAGAUCAGUCGCCUUUAGAUUGUAUACCUCACACUUCCUCUCCACCUGGAACUCGCGCCUUUUCGAGUUUGGCGCAGCUCUUUUCCUGACGUCCGUCUUUCCUGGAACCCUGCUCCCGGUCUCGAUAUAUUCCCUUGUGCGUAAUGCAGGGUAUAUUGCUCUCUCGCAGCCCUUGGGGACUUGGAUCAACAAGGGCAACCGGCUCAUCGUCAUCCGGACGUCCAUUGUUGGACAGAGAAUUCCGGUUGCUGUAUCUUGCGCCCUGCUGCUGAUCCUGGAGAGAGGGAAAGACGGGGCGGGCUAUCAGAAGCAUGCCGGUCUCUUUGGGGCCAUUGUGCUCCUGGCGGUGGUGGAAAAGCUGUGCUCUACGAUGAACACGAUAUCGGUUGAACGGGACUGGGUUGUCGUCAUCACUGAGGGCAACGAAGCUGCUCGACGAUCUAUGAAUGCCCGAAUGCGCCGCAUUGAUCUGUUCUGCAAGCUUGUGGGGCCUCUCACGAUUUCUCUGGUGGCCAUCGCCUCGACUGAGAUUGCCAUUUAUACGACACUGGGCAUGAACGUUGCAUCCGUGCUCGUAGAAACUAUCUUCAUUGAACAGGUUUACAAACGAGUUCGUGGCCUUGAACGAACAAGGGGGCCUACUGCUCCCACAAGCGAAGUCGAAGGAGGCUCGAAUCAUGGGCCGAGGCUUGCACCCACAAGGACGGUCCUGUACAAGGUCAUCAACAGCGUGCUCCCUAUCGAAUCACUACCAUUCUACUUCAGACACCCUGCGUUCCUACCAUCGUUUGCUCUAUCACUCCUCUACUUCACUGUCCUGUCCUUUUCCGGCCAGAUGAUCACCUACCUUGUCUCCAUUGGCUACACCUCGUGGAACGUCGGCGUGGCCCGCGUCGGCAGCAGCAUCUUCGAGAUCAGUGCUACCUGGGCCGCCCCCUUGUUGAUGAGGAAGAUCGGGGUCGUCCGCGCCGGCAUAUGGAGCCUGGCCUGGCAGAUGACGUGUCUCGCUGGCGCCCUAGGCUGGUACUUCUCAGACUCUAAUGAGGGGGCGGGCACGAGCAGUCUAUCCUCUGCCACUGGCCUCGCAGUGGGUGUGGCCUUGAGUCGAGUCGGCUUAUGGGGGUAUGACCUGUCUGCCCAGAAUAUCAUACAAGAUGAAGUCGAGGAUGACCACCGGGGCACAUUCGCCGCCGUCGAGGCUUCGUUCCAGAACCUGUUCGAGAUGCUCUCCUAUGCCACGACCGUCGUAUUUUCUCGUCCAGAUCAGUUUAGGUACCCUGUUGUCAUAUCAGCCGUGGCCGUCUACAUCGCAGGAGGGUUGUAUGCUUACUUCCUGAGGAAGCGUCGUGGGCAUUUGUUCCAUGCACCACCUUGCAUCUGCUUAAAGGAGUAA